UUACAGAAAUGCUGUAAUGGCCACUGAAAUCAUUAUGGCUUAUAUGGGGUAUCUCUGCCGUUAGAUCAAGGGGGUUUCUUUCUACCUGGCAGGGAUAGGCAGCGGGGUAACUUUAUUCACUCUGUCGGAAGUUUAGCAGAGGUGAGAAUGCUGCGUGUUUUGCUAAGAUGAAUUGAUGUCUGGGCUCUCUCCAGAAGGAGAUCGCUGUUGGGAAGACUGUGACCGGCUCACGGAAACUCGAGCUUGUCGCAGACUUUGCGAGGAAGUUCUUAGCCGGGCGGAAGAAGCUGGGCCUGGUGUCCCCAGAGAGAGACAGGUAAGUGAACCUGUUUGGUGAUCUUGAUGGAUAAACUACAUUCUAUUUUUGAAGUGGGGAUGAUAAACUUCUCUGAUGAAGGUAAUAAAGGUGAAGGCUCUGCGAACACUUUUAAGACAAGUGUGCUGACUCUGCCCGGGGUUUCUCCUUGCUUUGGCAGAAAAUCAGUGGGCUUUUCCAGCAGUUCUGAGGAGGAUGACGAUGAGGACAACUGUGAACCACCUACUAUGUCCUUUGAGGAGUACCUCACUUAUGACCAGCCCCAGAAAAAGAAGCAAGCGGUCAAACCCUCUGUGUCACCUGGGCAGAAAGACCACUGGCACAGCACCUGUUUGCCGUGCCAAGACGGCCUCGACAGCGCCUGCUUGAGUGCGAAAAGCCCAAGCCUCAAGCGCACAAAUGAGAAAAGGGCAGAGAAGGAACCACCAGAGGCUCCUGAACCAAAGAGGAUACUGUUAGAUGUGGACAUAAAGUUGCCCGACAUCCCGCUGCCGCCGAUCCAGGCCAGCUGCAGCCCUCCUCCUCCAGUUGAGUCCGCUCCCCGUUCACAGAGAAAAAGGAAAGCACCGGCCUUGACACCUGAAGAGAGCGAAGAGGGGCUCUCAUGCUACCGGCAGAAUUCAAAGACGCUAGUGCGUCCAGGCCCUAAAACCGCCCCGGUCCCACGGACGGUGCCUCCUCCUCAGCAAAGUACCCGACUCCUCACUAACAGCAUUGACUCCAUCUGUGAAGUUAGUGGUGUCCCUUUCUCAGAGCUGGAGCCAGUAUUGGAGAGAUGCACCCCAGAGCAGCUCCAUCGCAUUGAGGAACGUAAUCAUGUGAGUGCCUGGGCCUGGGGAAGGGCUGGUGACACGCAGGAGGGACGUUCUCUCGUCACCUGCAAUAGCUGA